ACCCUACCUGUGGCAUGCAUCAAAUUAGACGGGAGGGGGGGUCUACUAUUAUAAGGGUCUGGAGUUUCUCUGCAACUGGUUGUAGAAACAACCUGCUUCAGCCUCAGUGGCUUUUGCUGACAGCUCUGGCAUUGAUCUCUCGGGACAAGUGCAAAGAAGCUUCUUCAGUUUCAAGCUACCUCUAUGCAAAGACCGGGGAGCUAUUAUUGGAUGACCAGCUCCUUCGCUUGAACUCACCGAGCAUUAGACCUCCCUCUCCGUGUUCUGCCACCAUUGUCCAAGGUCUCUGGUAACCGCUUUGCCCUUUUGCUCGUGUUUCUGAUUUUUCUCACCUACUCACGAUGGACGUCAGCCCGCUGCAGGUUCUGACUCUGCCAACCGUUCCAUGCGCCGACCAAAAACCCGGGACCAGUGGGCUACGGAAGAAGACUCACGUCUUUGAGACUAAGCAGGACUACCUUCAGUAUUUCAUCCAGAGUAUUUUCUCCUCCAUUGACCUGAGAGACCGCCAGACGUCAACUUUGGUGAUAGGACGAGAUGGCCGCUAUCUUAAUAAAUCAGCCAUAGAGGUUAUUGUGCAAAUGGCAGCUGCGAAUGGGAUUGGCCGCCUGGUGAUUGGACAGAAUGGCAUCAUGUCCAUGCCGGCCGUGUCCUGUGUCAUCAGGAAGAUCAAGGCCAUUGGCGGCAUCAUCCUCACUGCCAGCCACAACCCUGCUGGACCCAGCGGAGACUUUGGAAUCAAGUUCAACAUUUCAAAUGGAGUAUAGCUAAAACCACCAAGAUCCUCUCUACAUGAGACCCCAACGGGAUGGAAGUUCUUCGGAAACUUGAUGGAUGCUGGCAAGCUUUCCCUCUGUGGAGAAGAAGCACUAGGUACGACUAUGAGGAAGUA